AUGAAGCAAUUGAUUGCACAAGUAAUAUUGCUGGGACUGUCAGGAGGAGCUACUGCUCAAUCCAACCUGACAGCCCACAUACCGUUGGAAAAUACCUACCUCCUCCCACGGCCAUUCAACAACACCUUCGCCAAGCCCUUUAUCGACACCAAUGCCUCCAAUGCACAGACUUUGCAAACGUUUGAGACUGCACGAAAUGCCACCUUCAUAUCCUACAGCUCGGAGUUCGACGGCAUCCUGGGAGCAGCUCCCAAAGUCGGGCUCAUAGCGAACCGCUCGGAACCUUUCGCCUUCGAAGCAGGAGUCUGGGUCCCACAUCUGAACCAAGUGUGGAUGACCGCUUUUCUCGAUCCACCGCCUGGAUACAUUUCCAUCCUCGACCUCAACACCUCGAAGGUCUUUCAGCCUACUCUCUCUGGGCCGGCGGCCUCGAUACCCGUCAAUCCGAAUGGCGGGUACUACUUUGACGGACUGGUGUACAUGACCUCCUUCGGCAACGCCACAACAUCUCCCUCAAUCGUCUCGAUCGAUCCUCGUUCUUACUACACGCAAGAAGUGAUCAAUUCCUUCUACGGCCUCCCACUCAAUGGUCCCGACGACGUAACAAUAUCAGUCUCCAGCAAUGCAGGCAAGCCCUGUCUCUUCUACAGCGACUUCUACUUCGCUGCCGAAGGGCUUGAAGGUUCCUGGAACGCUCCGCAACAGCUUCCUAAUGCGGUGUGGAGAUACAAGUUUGAAGACCAGAGCCUUCAAAUGGCGAUUUCUCCCCUGGAUGUCCAGACGCCUAAUGGCCUCGCUGUCAACCGGGAAAACACUAUCUUAUACGUCUCCGACGGUCCAGACUCCGCUGUUUUCGGUCAGGCAUACAAUAAGACUUCCGGUUCUGCUGGUCUCUACGUCUUCGACCUGGCCGGGGAAGACGGAUGCACGCCCCAGAAUAAGAGGAUGCUAGGGAUUGCACGGCAGGGAUUCGCUAAUGGGAUCAAGAUUGACGAUUGCGGUCGAAUUUGGACUUUCGAGUACGAAGGCAUCGUGGUGCGCAGUAGGACCGGCAAAGUUCUGGGAGUGGUAAAUAUCUAUGAUUUGAUUGGGAGGGAGAGCCCGGAUGUCGCGCCUGGGGCGAACUUUGCGUUGGUAAGGGAUGAGGUGUACAUUUUGGGAUUCUAUACGAUUUGGAGAGUGAAGCUGGGGCAGGUUGUCAAGAGUUGGUAUUGA